GGGAAAGGCGGCGUCGCCGUCGGCGUCUUCGGGAAUCGGUUGCCUCCUUUCAUCGGGGCAACGGCGACGUCCGAUCCGGCAUCGUUCUUUUAACGUCGCGGCGGUACACGUGGCGCGCGCGGCACGCGGUGCUUCGAGAGAAAGACAGAUAGAUAGGUAGACAGUUAGGUGAAUAGAUAAUAAGCGCGUGCUCUAAAAAAUAUCGAAAAACGCGAGAGGAAGACAAAGAGGGGUGAAAGAAAGCAAAAGAAGGAAAGAGAGAGAGAAAUAUACAGAGUGGUUACAGAGGGAGAAGAAAGGCGGAAAAGGGGUAGAGGUGACAGAGAUCGAAAGGGGGCGGGCGGGAGGAAAGAGGGUAGAGGCGAUAAGAAACGGAGAAUACGAAGAGCCUGCGUCCCGACGGAUAGAGGAAAUCACCAAAGGAAGCCAGAAGGAGCCUCGUAUCUUCCGUUUUUUUUUUCUAUCAAUCCUAUCACGUAAAGAAGGACGGAGGAUCCGACGACCACGAGUGACUCGACGAGGAGGAAGCGGGACAUGCUGGAACCACGCUGGAGACCCGUCCAGGGACACAUUGGUGAAAAUCCGUUUGAUAACGGUUCGUGGGGAAAGGAGCAUUUUCAGCCAUCGACAGUUCCCUGGCAGCUGAAUCCGCGCAGUCACGGUCGUCCUAGUGACGAUGGCAUAAUGGAUCAUGAUACAGACGGAGACGGCGCGAUCAACUUGUCAACGUCACAGCGACCCUCCGCCGCCACCACCCCUAAUGGUGAUACUCCCACUUACGGCCAAGAUCAACAAGACAACGAUCAGGCUACUUCGCUGUUUGCAGCCCUGAAGCAGCAGCAACAGCAAACGCGUGACAGCGUCUUCUCGUCGCGGGACCGCGAGUGCCGCGACAGGGAUCGCCUAUCUACGAUCCGCAAUCGCGACUCCGGCAGAAGUAAUAUAGCGGAGACCGGCGGCGGCAGCGGUGUUGCUGAUCAACAGCAGCAACAGCAGCAGCAGGAUCUCACUAUCGAGUACCAAAGCAAUGGGAAGCUCAGUCCCGCCGGACACGUAGUGACACCAGCACCCAUGACCCAGCAAAAGCAGCCAAUCAUCACGCAGCAGUCGCAACAGCCCAGCUCAGGGGCACCAGGGCCCCAACCUAGCCCGCAUCAAAGCCCGCAAGCCCCACAGAGGGGUUCACCACCGAAUCCUUCCCAGGGUCCGCCACCCGGUGGCCCGCCAGGGGCUCCGCCGUCGCAGACCCCCUCGCAGAUGAUGCUCAGCUCGGCGAGUGGUCUUCAUCAGAUGCAACAACUGCUGCAGCAACACAUACUCAGCCCCACGCAACUGCAAUCCUUUAUGCAGCAGCAUACGUUGUACAUGCAGCAACAGCAACAGCAACACCAUCAGGUAAAUUCCAUCCUUCAAUGUAGGAUUCAUUUAAAGAACCAUCAGCAUCAACUCGCGGAACUCAACAAGAAACAAUUGGAACAGGCAAUGCAACAACUGCAGGAACAAUUACAGCUGAACUUAUUUCAGCAGACACAUUUAUUGCAAACGGCGGACAAAAAGAAAGCAUCGGCGCCUCUUCAACAAUUAGCGAUUCAACAACAGCAACUGAUACAGCAACUACAGAUUACACAGAGGCAGUAUCUUUUGCAGCAAGGAUUAAGUCUUCAAGGCCAUAAUCCUUCUUCAGGUUUGCCACCAGGUGAUAAUCUACCAUCAUGGAAGUCAGAGCCCUCGGAUACACCGGAAUCCCACCAGAAUUCCAACGUGGCGAAAUCGAAUUCUGGAUUGAACGGCAUUCUGAAUUCGAUAGCUUCGAGCCGACGGUCCGAGGUGAAUGGUACAACACCGAUGGACGAAAAGCCGCUGGAUGCCUCCUGCAACGACAAGGUUCAUCCCCUCUAUGGCCAUGGGGUGUGCAAGUGGCCAGGCUGUGAAGUAAUUUGUGAAGACUAUCAAGCAUUCCUUAAACACUUAAAUACAGAGCACACAUUGGAUGACCGAUCGACAGCGCAAGCCAGGGUCCAGAUGCAAGUAGUGUCACAGUUAGAAAUUCAGUUGCAAAAAGAACGAGACCGACUAGGCGCUAUGAUGCAUCAUUUGCACAUGGCAAAACAAAUGGCUUCCCCGGAACCGCCAAAGUCAUCGGAGUCAUCGACGGGCUCGAAUUUACCAAAGUUAAAUUUUUCCACUGCGCUAAUGAGUCAACCGCCACCUAACUUUGGAGUCUCUCAGGUGUCACCAGUAUCCAUGUCCGCGCUAGUGUCUGCCGUGAGGUCGCCCGCGAGUGCUCAGCUGCCUCCGUCGGUUGGCAGUGCCCCGAUGCCACCACUUCCGACCAUACCCAACAUGUCCAGUUUACCUCCCAUGCCCAACAUGCCUGGUAGCAUGCCGAGUAUGGCUGGUCCAAUCAGACGGCGCAUCAGCGACAAGUCAGCUCUUUCUUUAGCAGGAGGACUGUAUGACGAGGGCACUGUAAGGCGCAGAGUAGCCGUCGAUAGAUCUGGAAUAGAUAUUAACGAAGAAAUUCAGCGAAAUAGAGAAUUCUACAAGAAUGCAGACGUCAGACCACCGUUCACGUAUGCAUCCUUAAUUCGGCAGUCUAUCAUCGAAUCUCCCGAGAAGCAGCUGACACUCAAUGAAAUUUACAACUGGUUCCAAAACACAUUCUGCUACUUCCGGCGCAACGCAGCAACGUGGAAGAACGCAGUGCGACACAACCUGUCUCUCCACAAAUGUUUCAUGCGAGUCGAAAACGUGAAAGGGGCCGUAUGGACGGUGGACGAAGUGGAGUUUUACAAGAGACGCCCACAGCGCGCUUGCAGCACGACCGGGGGUGUACCAUCAAAGAGCCCAACACUGACGCAUAGUCCUACUAUGUACGGUGAUGCGCUUAAUGCCAACCUGCAGGCACUCGGGGAGUCUAACAUGGGAUUUUUGAAUCCGAUGUGCACGUCAACAGCGACAAGUCCUGAUAAGGAACAUGUAUUACCUCAUAAUGACUUGAUGUCGCCGCUGGAUGAACCGGCCGUGCACAUAAAGCAGGAGAGCCAGAGUCCGGAAGGAGGGAAGCACCCGAGAUUAAUAAAGCGCGAACUACCGGACGGCCCCAUGGAGCAAGAGACGGAGGAGGAUCAGACGGACGAAAGAGAAUACUCUGAGAGCCACGGCCACGACUCCGGCCAGGACGAGGAUAUAGCGGAGGACCUGUCGAUGGCGCCCGACAUAAUGAUCCCGGAGGAUCAGGUCGAGGCGUAGUAUCGCCCCGUCAUAAUGAACCGAUAAAAAAACGAGAUGUAUACAGGAGAUGUAUCCCGUUUGUUCGGCCACGCGAAGAGAGGAGCCCUUCUACGUUGACCAGGGUAGAGUAGAGAACGAACGUAAAAGAGCGGAAGAGAGAACGGGGUGCGAGUAACAGAAGCAGAGAUUCUCAAGAGGACGACGAAGGCCCUCCAGGACCACCCACCUCCUCCACCCUCCUCCUUCGUACGAGUUCCCCUUCAACGUAUCAUAUCUGAUGCCGCGACGUUCUAAAAGGCGGCUUUAAAAUAACGAAAAAGGAGCCAAUCGAAUUUGUGAAAAAAGGACACUGUCGGUUAAGCGACAACGGUGGCGAGCGGUACCACCGGUCGACGAUGUCAACGUGGACAUCUGACGCUGAUAGCGUCGUAAUCUCGGCGAUAUUCGGGAGCGAUCCUUCGAUCCAUAUCCUUACUCAAGCAAUUGCGAACAACGAUGUAUUUUAUUUUUCUUUCGAUCUUUUUUCUGUUCCGCGGUUAUAUCUAAUAGACACGUAUAUAUAAAUAUACAUAUAUCUUUCUCUUUCCUCUUCUUUCCUCCCCUCUC